AUGCAAACGAAACAAAACGAACUGCCGAUCUUGCUACCUUAUUUUCUCUUCUUCUCCUCUCCUCCUCUCCUGUUCUUCUCUUUUCCUCUUCCCCCUUUCCACAACCACGUGCAACUCGGCAAUCAGUCCGCAAUCCCAUCGCUCAGUCUUCUCUACCUUGACAAGCAACGACUCCAUCAUCUCAGCUCAGAGAUAUCCAGCAUCAUGAAGUUCAUCUCCGUCUUGGCCGGUCUGGCUGCUGCUGCAGUCGUGGCUGCUGCUCCCGCUGGAUUCCAGAACAGCACCGACAUCACCUGGAACCCGUCCCCGUCGGAUCAGACAACCUGCGAUCCCUCCAGCUUCUCCCAAGCUCCCAUCGCCGGUGCCGCGGACUGGCGUUAUUGCGCUGCCCUCUCGAGCGCCUGGGCCAACGAGAACGGAACAUUCAGCAUCCACAACGUCUCCGGCAGUGCCUUUAUCCCCGUCCUCAAGACCGAAGGCUGCGUCUUGGGCGUCAAGGCCUCUGAGCAGGGCCAGGGACCCUACACUAUAGGAGACCAGGACGUCAAGGCCAUCCUCAGAAUCGCGCUCGAGGACUAUUCGGAGGGAACCGACCUCUCUGUCGAGGGCAGCGUCAAGUGCAACGUUGCCGAUGGUGGUCGGUCUGACCUUCACUGGCAAAUUGCCGGCCAGUAA